AUGCUGGAGAAGAAUCCAAAGCAGUGGCAUGAGAAGUUAUCAGAGACUUUGUGGGCAUAUAGAACUUCAAAGAGAGAAGCAACUGGCAUGACCCCCGAUGCUCUAACCUACGGCCAUGAUGCAAUUCUUCCCAUGGAGAUAGCAGUCCAGUCUCUUAGAAUUGCUCACCAGCACGGUCUCACUGGGGAGAAUUACUCUCAAGCCAUGUUGCUGGAAUUGGAAGAAUUGGAUGCAAGCAGGAUUGACACCCUCAACAAACUCUUAGCAGGAAAACAGGCUGUGUCGAGGGCCUACAACAGAAGAGUCAGAAACAAGAGUUUAAAAGAGGGAGAGAUAGUCUGGAAGGCAAUUCUGCCCCUUGGAGCACACAUAGCUGGAUAUGGGAAAUGGUCACCUACAUGGGAAAGCCCUUUUAUAAUUAACCAGAUCCUCGGAAUGGGGGCAUACAGGUUGCAGGACCGAGAUGGAGUUAUUCAUACUGCCCCAAUCAAUGGUAAAUGGUUAAAGAAGUUCUAUCUAACCAUGUGGGAUUCGCAGGCUGCACAGACAGAUCCCGGGAUAGAAGAGGAACAAGAUUGA